AUGUUGUCUACCUACGCCGAUGAUGUUGUCUUUGUGGGAGAUUGGUCGUUAAAUAUUUUACUUGGGCUGCAACGAAUCCUUAAAUGCUUUCACUUGAUCUCGGGGCUUAAAGUGAAUUUUCAUAAAAGCCGCCUCUUCGGUAUUGGUGUGGAGGAUAGAGAGGUUGCCGGGAUGGCGAAUGUUUUAAACCGUGACAAAGGAAAUCUGCCUUGUGUUCAUCUGGGGCUUUCUAUUGGCGAAAAUCUGAACUUAUGUAAGGCAUGGAAACCGAUUAUUGAUAAAUUUUCCGCAAAGCUAAGUUCAUGGAAGGCUAAUCUUCUUUCGUUUGGCGGUAGACUCACUUUGGUUAAUGCAGUUUUGACUAGUAUCCCACUUUACUACUUGUCUAUAUUCAAAGCGCCUAUAACAGUCAUCAAUAAACUUGACAGGAUUAGACAUUCCUUCUUGUGGGGUGGCACCGAUAAUACUCGGAAGCUGAACUGGGUAGCAUGGGACGUGGUUACCACUCCUAAGUCAUUAGGGGUCUAG